UUCCGGGAGGAAAGGUUCACUGGCACCACCAUGCUGGGCCCUGCACAGCACACUGAGCCUCGGCACCAGAGCAGGCACCAGUGCUUUGGUCAGACAUACCAAGGCAGACACUCCUUCGGGCAGCCUGGAUUGCUGCCCUAGGCAGUGCAGGAAGACGCUGAGCAGCCAGAAGAAGACCAGAGCCUCUUCCAAGGGAGUGUGUGCUGACAUGGAGCAGGCCCAGCGGAACCUGGAUGCAGAGCAAAUGCAGCAGCAGCAGCUGAAACUACGGGACCGGCAGAAGUUCUUUGAGGAGGUUUUCCAGCAUGAUGUGGAUUUCUUCUUCCCAAUGUCUCACCUGCAGAUAGAGCACCGGAGACCCCCCUUAGGCAGCAUUUCCUCCAUGGAGGUGAAUGUGGAUAUGCUGGAGCAGAUGGACGUGCUGGACCUGUCAGACCAGGACACUGUGGAUGUGUUUCUGGGCUGUGGGACAGAGGAGAGCAGCAUUGUUGGGUCCCUGCCAGGGGCAGAUGCCAGCCAGUGCCCAGAGGAGAUCACCCUGCAAGUGCCCAAGGCAGCCGAGAGCAAGUCUCGCAUUUCCUCCACGUCCUCCGCCUCCACGGAUUUGAACAGCCUGGACACCAGCGAGGAGGGGGCCGAGACCCCUGUGGUGCAGUCGGAUGAGGAGGACCUGCAGGAGGACAGUCCCAAAGAGCAGGUGGUGAGAAGCUAGCAGCCAGCUUUGCCCUGCUCCCAGCCUCCUCCGUACGGACUUGUCAGCCCAGAAGAAGGAAAGCUGCUGGUGCUCAGUAAACCCCAUCCUGGACUGCUGCCCUGCCAGUGGGGAGAGAUGGUUUUCCUCUCCUCUCCCUCCACGUGUUCUUCUGGCAGCCAAAGGAGAAGGAUAGGGGUAUUGUAAGCUCCCAAAAUUAACUCUUCAGGCUUUGCUGCUAACACUCCCUGCUUCACCCCCUCCAAUAUGCUCAGCAUCCCACAGCCCCACCAUUCCCAGAAAGCCAUCCCUUAGGAUCCCAGUUCCUCCUGCCCUACUGACAAAGGUUCUGUCCAGACAAGCACUUAAUGAUGGCACAGAGAGAAAUAACACUGAUCUAACCAA